AUGAGCGUGGCGCCCGGCUGGCAGGCUAGGCUGCCGCACUCAGCUUCGCCCUCGGGAGCCGGGCCCGUCGGGACGGGGGGACUGAAGGCGCAGAGGGGCAUGGGGGGCCCCUGGGGGGCCCUGCUCCUCCUCAGCCUCCUCUGGCUGGGCCCUCAGCCGGUCACCCCAGAAGUCUGCGGGAGCCUGGACAUCCGCAUGGACCCCUCGCAGCUGCGGAAGCUGGAGAACUGCACCAUCGUGGAGGGCAGCCUGCAGAUCCUGCUGAUGUUCACCACCAGCAGCGAGGACUUCCGGCCGCUCAGCUUCCCCCGCCUGGUCAUGAUCACAGAGUACCUGCUGCUCUUCCGGGUCUACGGGCUGGAGAGCUUGCGGGACCUCUUCCCCAACCUGUCGGUCAUCCGGGGGACCAGUCUCUUCUUCAACUACGCCCUGGUCAUCUUCGAGAUGCCGCACCUGCGAGACAUCGGCCUGCACAGCCUGACCAACAUCCUCAACGGGUCGGUGCGCAUCGAGCGCAACCAGGAGCUCUGCCACAUCUCCACCAUCGACUGGGGGCUGCUGCAGCCGCCCCACCCCCUCGAGCAGAACAUCAUCCUGCACAACAAGCCAGCGGAGGAGUGUGCCGACGUGUGCCCGGGCAUCCUGGACGUGGAGAAGCCCUGCGUCCAGACCCAGACCAGCCUCAAGGGGCCCCUGGAGUACCGCUGCUGGACCUCCAGCAACUGCCAGAAAGUGUGUCCUUGCGGCGCGGGGGGCGCGGGGGGCGCCUGCACCGGCGGGGCCGAGUGCUGCCACCCAGAGUGCCUGGGCGGUUGCAGCCGGGCCCGGGACCCGCGGGCCUGCACCGCCUGCCGCCACUUCGACUUCAACGGCCGCUGCCUGCGCGCCUGCCCCGAGCUGGCCUACGAGUAUGAGGGCUGGCGCUGCGUGACGGCCGAGCACUGCGCCAGCCUGCGCAAGGUGUCCGAGAACCCGCGCGACGCCUCCCGGUUCGUCAUCCACCAGCGGCAGUGCCUGGCCGAGUGCCCGCCUGGCUACAGGAGGAAUGAGAGCAGCAUCAUCUGCCACAAGUGUGAGGGGCUGUGUCCAAAGGAGUGCAAGGUGGGCACCAAGACCAUCGACUCCACGCGGGCAGCCAAGGACCUGGCCGGCUGCACACUUGUCGAGGGCAACCUGAUCCUGAACAUCCGCCGGGGGGAUAACCUGGCCGCGGCCCUGCAGGGCAGCCUGGGCCUCAUCGAGACCAUCACGGGCUUCCUGAAGAUCAAGCACUCCUUCGCCCUCAUCUCGCUGUCCUUCUUCAGGAACCUUAAGCUGAUCCGGGGCGACUCCAUGGUGGACGGGAACUACACGCUGUACGUGCUGGACAACCAGAACCUGCAGCGGCUGUGGGACUGGCGCCACCACGCCCUCGCCAUCCCGGUGGGCAAGGUGUACUUCGCCUUCAACCCCCGGCUCUGCCUCUCCGAGAUCUACCGCUUGGAGGAGAUCACCGGCACAAAGGGCCGGCAGAACAAGGCCGAGAUCAACCCACGCACGAACGGCGACAGAGCGUCUUGCAAAACCCAGACCUUGCGCUUCGUGUCCAACGUGACUGAGUCGGACCGCAUCGUCCUCAAGUGGGAGCGCUACCAGCCCCCGGAGUAUCGCGACCUCCUCAGCUUCAUUGUCUACUACAAGGAAUCGCCCUUCCAGAACGUGACGGAGCACGUGGGGCAGGACGCCUGUGGGGCCAACAGCUGGAACGUGGUGGACGUGGAGCUGCCCCUGCACAACGACCAGGACCCCGGCGUGACCCUCCAGCACCUCAAGCCCUGGACACAGUACGCCAUCUUCGUGCGGGCGAUCACGCUCACCACCGCUGAGGAGGGGCGCGACUAUGGGGCCCAGAGCAAGGUGGUCUACAUCCGCACCCUGCCUGCAGCUCCGACGGUGCCGCGGGAGGUCAUCUCCAUGUCCAACUCCUCCUCCCACCUGAUCGUGCGCUGGAAGCUGCCCAGCCAGCCCAACGGCAACCUCACCUACUACCUGGUGCUGUGGCAGCAGCUGGCCGAGGACGCAGAGCUCUUCGUGAACGAUUACUGCCACAAAGGCCUCCGCCUGCCCACCAGCAGCGCGGACACCCGCUUUGACACGGAUGGCAGGGAGGCCCCCGAGGGGGACGCGGACGACCAGUGCUGCCCGUGCCGAAGCCCCGUGGGGCAGGCCCAGCCGCAGACGGAGACCGUCUCCUUCCAGAAGAAGUUCGAGAACUUCCUGCAUAACUCCAUCAUCAUCCCCAGGCCCCCCUGGAAAGUGACGUCUAUCAACAAGAUCUCAAACAGGGUCCCAAAAAGGCGCAGGGACACCUUUGCCGUGACCGUGGCGGGCCACGUCUCCGGCAGCAUGCUCUCCCCGGAGACCCUGGCCAACGGAGUCGCCCUGAACCACACGGAGGCUGACGCCAAGCUGGAGAGGGACUUCCGCAUCUUUGAAGACAAGGUGGUCCGCGACCGCACAGUCAUUUCCCAUUUGCGCCACUUCACCGAGUACCGCAUCGACAUCCACGCCUGCAACCACGCCGCGCAGACCGUGGGCUGCAGCGCCGCCACCUUCGUCUUUGCCAGGACCAUGCCGGAGCCUCAAGCGGACAACAUCCCCGGCAACAUGACCUGGGAGCCAGCCAGCAAGAACAGUGUGCUGCUCCGCUGGGGGGAGCCCCCGAACCCCAAUGGCCUCAUCCUCAAAUAUGAGAUCAAGUACAGCCGGGAGAGUGAGAAAGUCGUGUCGGUGGUGUGUGUCUCCCGCCACCGCUAUGCUCGGUACGGCGGCUACCACCUUGCUCUGCUCCAGCCGGGGAAUUACUCUGCCAAGGUUCGUGCCACUUCCCUGGCCGGGAACGGCUCGUGGACGGGGCUCAUCAAGUUUUACAUCCUUGGGCCGGUAGAGGAAGAGGAGCCCGGGAACGUCUACACACUCCUGACACUCAUGCCCGUGGUGCUGAUGGUGGGCAUCACGUGCCUGGCCGUCGUCGUCUUUUUGUACAACAAAAAACGGAGCGCCGAGGGCUUCCCCAGCGGCACACUCUACGCCUCGGUCAACCCGGAGUACUUCAGCACCUCGAACAUGUACAUCCCGGACGAGUGGGAGGUGCCGCGGGAGAAGAUCACGAUCCGGCGAGAGCUGGGCCAGGGCUCCUUCGGGAUGGUCUACGAGGGGCUGGCGAAGGACCUGGAGGAGGAGGGCAGGGAGACCAAGGUGGCCCUGAAGACGGUCAACGAGUUGGCCACCACCAGGGAGCGGAUCGAGUUCCUGAACGAGGCCUCUGUCAUGAAGGCCUUCCGCUGCCACCACGUGGUCCGUCUCCUCGGCGUGGUGUCCCAGGGCCAGCCCGCCUUGGUCAUCAUGGAGCUGAUGACGCAGGGGGACUUGAAAAGCUACCUUCGCUCUCUCCGGCCAGAAGCUGAGAUGAAUCCCGGGCGACCGCCCCCUUCCCUGAGGGAGAUGAUCCAGAUGGCGGGCGAGAUCGCAGAUGGCAUGGCCUACCUGAACGCCAAGAAGUUUGUGCACCGGGAUCUGGCCGCCCGCAACUGCAUGGUGUCGGAGGACUUCACCGUGAAGAUCGGAGAUUUCGGCAUGACCAGGGACAUCUACGAGACGGAUUAUUACCGCAAGGGGGGGAAAGGCUUGCUGCCUGUCCGCUGGAUGUCCCCGGAAGCCCUGAAGGACGGGAUUUUCAGCACUCACUCGGACAUCUGGUCCUUCGGGGUGGUGCUGUGGGAGAUCGCAACGCUGGCCGAGCAGCCCUACCAGGGCAUGUCCAACGAGCAGGUCCUGCACUACGUGAUGGACAACGGGGUCCUGGAGAAGCCGGAGAACUGCCCCGAGAAGCUCCACGAACUGAUGGUGGGGUGCUGGCAGCAGAACCCGCGCCUGCGCCCCUCCUUCGCCCAGAUUCUGGAGCGCAUCCAGGACGACAUGAGCGCCGGCUUCCGCGCUCUCUCCUUCUUCCACAGCCCGGAGAACAAGUGUGGCAGCUGCCCGGAGGCGCUGGACACGGAGACAGACGUGCUGCUGCAGGAGGAGGAGACAGGGGGGCCUGCGCCGGCCCCUGCCUCGGACGCCGCCCCUGCAGGCGGCCCACUGCUUGCCGCGGGCCCCGGUGGUGACUGGAGCCAGCCCACAAACUGCUGCCACAGAAACGGGAAGCCGGGCCUCUGA